CUCGCACACACCCCCAACUCCCCUGGUUUGAUAUGCCUGGCGUUCUUUGGCGCCCGGGCAUGGGCGAAUCUGCCAACGCUGGAUGACGACGACAAGCGCUGACACUCACACCCUGCGCCCACCACCCCUGCCUUCUGGGCUUUUCUUGCCGGGGGGUGGUUGGGACGCAUGGCAGUGGAUGCAUUGUCUUAAAGACGGCGCGGAACCUCCCUCGCUGCAAGGGCUGGCUUCCCGAAUGUAGCUUUACCUGUUCUCGAUACACCACCCUCCAGAUCUCCAAGUGCUUCUCCAGCAGACGACUUGUCCCGAUACUCGUAAUACAAACCUUCCGUGUCGGCAGCUCUUUCAUCUCGAUUCUCUGUCUGUUCCCGUCGAGCCCUCGGGUGGGCGCAUUGGUUGCUCAUUGAACCUCUCUCCUCCUGCGAAGGCCGUGUGACUUUGGGAAGCGAGGGGGGAAUUUGGCUCGGAGAGCGGGCGGCGGCGCUGGAAGCAAGGCGCUAGCGAUAUCGCAGGUUCCCUCCCAGGGGCUACGCGAUAUUCUAUUCUCGCCCUCCAUCUUUCUCCAUCACUCUCACACACGGCAUUAAAAAUGCACUUCGCAACGAGGUUAAGGGCGACCGCCCUCGGCGUGGUGGCGCUUAGCGGGCUGGCCCUGUCUCAGACUUGGUCUGCAUGCAACCCCCUACACACAACAUGCCCGGCCAACACGGCGCUGGCCAUGACCGUCAACGUCGACUUCACAAAGGGCGCCGUCGACGCCUUCCGGCCCAGCGGCGGCACGGCGCCGACGUACGGCAGGGACGGCGUCUCCUUCACCGUGGCGCGGGGCGGCGACGCGCCGCAGCUCAUCAGCGUCUUCUACAUCAUGUUCGGCCGCGUCGAGGUGACGAUGAAGGCGGCGCCCGGCAAGGGCAUCGUCAGCACGCUCGUGCUGCAGUCGGACACGCUCGACGAGAUCGACCUCGAGUGGCUCGGCGCCGACGGGUCCGAGGUGCAGUCCAACUACUUUGGCAAGGGCCUCACCACGUCUUACAACCGCGGCCAGUUCCACAAGAACCCGGGCAACCAGGACCGCUUCAUCACCUACGCCAUCGACUGGACCCAGGACCGCAUCAUCUGGUCCAUCGACGGCACCGCCGUCCGCACCCUCAAGUACGCCGACGCCGAGCCCGGCCAGUACCCACAGACGCCCAUGCAGGUCAAGUUCGGCGCCUGGUCCGGCGGCGACCCGGCCAACCCCUCGGGCACCGUCGAGUGGGCCCGGGGACCGACCGACUACAGCCGGGGGCCCUUUUCGAUGUUGGUCCGGUCUAUCGUCGUGGCCGACUACUCUAGCGGGAAGCAGUACAAGUACAAGGACACGUCGGGCACCUGGCAGAGCAUCGAGGCCGUCGGCGGCUCCGUCAACGGCAACAAGGAUCGCGCCGGCAGCAUCACCGUCACGGCGACUGCCGCCGCCGCCACCUCGCUGUCGCCCUCGGUCCCCGCUGGCAUCGGCGGCCCCGCCGCCGUCAAGCCCUCGGCCUACCCGUCGCCCUACCCCGUGCCCGAGGGCUGGAGGAUCCGGUCCGACGGCAAGCUCAUCCCGGCCGCUGGCGCCCUGAUCCGUCCUCCCCAUCUCGCUCUCAUUUUUGGUCCUCUUAUCCUGUGUCUAGUCGUUAUUGGCAUUAGGCGAUGAGGUUGACUAUUUUAUCUCUCUAUUUUUAUUCCUAGACAGACAUUUCUACUACUUUUUGUCUGCCCGCCCUCUUUCAUCAUUGCAUACUAUCCGGCGUUCGGUCAAUGGGGGGUAAAUAGCGCUUGUUUAUGAGCACAUCCGGCUCACUUUUCAACGUUUGGUUUCAAGACGGAGGUUAAAACGCAUUGGCACGGUGCCUCCAUGGUCUGCAUAUGGGUACUGAGAGCACCUUGUUGGGUUGUACAUAGGUUCGGGAUGUUGGAACAGAUUGUGUGCUCGGGUUAUACCCCUGGGCCAUAUGACAUACGGUAGUAAAGUGGGAAGAGAAUCCACUGGACCAGCAUGACGGAUAGUAAUAGACACACACACACACACACACACACGCACGCAC